UUGCAUUUCACGAGUUCCUCUCGUCACUUGUUUGUUUGAUAAUGUGAGUGAAGAUUCCUCCGAGGAGAGGCAAAAUCAGAUGCCACCAAAAUCUGCGAUGGAAGGGCCCAAUCAUGCUCUUCUUUGAAGGCUAGGGCUCCAGGUGUCUUGCCUUGGUGCCUUGCACGAUUCUUGCCUUGUUCUUUCGUUGACCAGAUGAAGGAGAGGACGGCAACUUGAACCUUAAACCAAUAAGAAAAUGCUGACUAUUGUUUCUCAGGUGUUCUCUUCUAGACAUGGCUUGCAUGUCCCUAAGAGAUGUGUUGACAAGUGGGUCUUAACUUCAACUUUGAUAUCUGAGUCAUGCUUAAAACAGAACAAAUUCAAUGGAAAAUGCUGGCAAGUAAAAAAAGACGAGACACCCACUAAGAUUAAACCACUCCUUUUCUCUGUAUAAAUCCACCCUCUCUCUAGUUUUUCUCACCCACUCCUCUCCCAACACUUGCAAAAUGGAAUACCAUCAAUUCCAAAAGCAGCCAAGAGGAGUCUCACACAGAAAAUUCAAGGAGAGAUGCUUAAGCAACACCUCCAAGAACAAGUUUGUUGGAGUUAGACAAAGGCCUUCAGGAAAAUGGGUGGCAGAGAUCAAAGACACCACACAGUCACAGAAGAUCAGAAUGUGGCUUGGGACCUUUGAGACAGCUGAAGAAGCUGCGCGAGCUUAUGAUGAAGCUGCCUGUCUUCUUCGUGGUUCGAAUACUCGAACCAACUUUAACACUCAUGUCCCCUCCAACUCUCCUGUUUCUAUGAAAAUUAGAAACCUUCUCAAACACAAAAAGAGUUUGAAACAGAACUCUUCCGCGACUUCCACCACAAAAUCUACCAUUAAAACCAGCACUAUAGUUAGCAGCAAGAGUAGUUUCAAUAGAAGCAUUAAUAGUUUUCUACCUAAUGAUAGCAACAUUGAUAGUUUUUCAUCAUCCAUCGAUAACCAUAGUAGUUAUUUUAAUGGCAUCAAACAAGAAAACAAAGUGUUUGAUAAUGCAUAUAGGCCAGACUUGAGUGGCUGCUGCAUUGGAGGGCUUGAACCGGUUACAUCCCAAUCCCAUCCCUCGUGCUCACUCCCGUCUGGGUUUGAUCCUCAACUUCAAUUUGUUCAAGAAGGAAUGUGGCUGCCGAAGAAUGCUGGUUUGUUGUCUGAUACAUCAUCUGGUCCAGAGUUAGCCGAAUUCGAACGCAUGAAGGUGGAAAGGCAGAUAUCAGCAUCAUUAUAUGCCAUGAAUGGAGGGAAUGAGUACUUUGAGAAUGCUAAUGAUUCAAGUGAUGCUCUCUGGGAUCUCCCUGCACUCUGCCAGUUGUUCUGUUCUAGUUGAUUCUCUCAAUUUCAUGAAUGUAGGCAGCAGCUAUGUUUUGAUAUCAAAUAUUAUUUGAGUUUUGAUUCAUUCAACGAUGAAUGUUAUCCUUUGUAAGGCAUUGACACAGCUUUUCAUACAA